AUGAAGCAAAAGUUAGUGAUCAAGGUUUCAAUGAACAAAGACAAGUCACGAUCCAAGGCGAUGAAGAUCGUUGUGGGUGCCAACGGCGUCGACUCGGCGUCCUUGGACGGACCGGAGAAGACCCAAAUCGUGGUCACCGGCGACGGAAUCGACUCGGCGGCGCUCGUCACUCUGCUCCGGAACAAAGUGGGACACGCUGAACUCGUCAGCCUCGGCCCUGUGGAAGAGAAGAAGAAGGAGGACAAGAAGCCGGAGGAUCAAGAUUCCAAACCGCCGCCGCCUCCGGCCGCCGUUUGGUCGUACGGGUACGCCGGUGGCCCGCCUCACUACGUCUGCCAGAUGAACCCCGCCGCCGGCGGGCACUAUUACAAUAAUGACCCUUACUCUUGCGCCAUCAUGUAA